AUGUUUACUUUGAAUAAAUUUAUUUUAAAAUUAUUAAAGCCUGUAAACAAAGUUUUAGUAGAUGACCAUGAAACUCCUCUUUUAAUGUUUUUGAAUGAAAUGAAUUUAGAAACAUGUAUAAAACAGAAGAAAUAUAAAGCAUUCACAACAAAUAAAGAAAAUAUUUUUAUACUUACUUUAAAAACUUUAAUAGAUAUAAAUAUUCCUUUAAAGAGAUCUAAUUCGUUCUCUAAAAUGUCUUUAUAG